AUGCCAGAGCCUUCAACAGAAAGAUGGGUUGAAAUUGCAAAUACUUUUUAUGAUAAGACUAAUUUUCCAAAUUGCUUAGGGGCAAUAGAUGGGAAAGUGGGUGAUUCAAAUGUAUUUAAAGAGAGUUGUUUUGGAAAAAAACUUUAUUCAAAUCAACUCAAACUACCAGAAUUAGCAAAUUUACCAAACACAAAUGAACAUCCUCAGCCUUUUGUAUUUAUCGGAGACGAGGCAUUCGCCUUACACUCGAACUUAUUAAGACCAUACCCAGGACGUGGUCUUAAUGAUACUAAACGGGUAUUCAACUAUAGGCUAUCAAGGGCAAGAAAGACGGUAGAAUGUACCUUUGGUGUUCUGGCUAAUAAAUGGCGUGUCUUACAUACACCAAUACAAGUUGAGCCUGAUUUUGUGGACGAAAUAAUUAAAUCGUGUUGUGUUUUACACAACUUUGUUCGAAGAAGGGAUGGCUUCAACAACGAAGAUACAGAGACCAAUAUGUUGGAUGAUAUUGAAGUUCGUGGUACUGGUGCUCGUACUCAAGGUACAGAAGUUAGAGACUACAUCGCAAAAUAUUUCAUGGGACCUGGAUCAGUGCCAUUCCAAUUUCAAAAAAUUUAA